CGGAAUAGACGUGACUAGCGCGAGCCGCAUCUUCGCACCCCCCAUCCGUCAGCGACACCCCGUCUCUGCUUGAUGGUGCGUUUGACGUGUGGUAGCGUGAAGGCGGUGAAGUCUGCAGGCCGUGCCAUGGGCAUCGCCUUCUCCACGACAGACAGAGGUGGUGGGCAGAAGGCCUUCUGGGCCCGCUCCUCUGGGCACUCAUGGCCACCCCAAUGACCGAGGCCGAUGUCGACUCCUUGACUCGGGACAUCAGUGCUCGCAUUGUCGAGGAGUUGCCUUCGGUCAUCAGGCGACUAUUGACAGAGCAGGAUCUGUCGAGCGGGCCACUGCAGUUCCAAUGCAGCCUUCUAAGUGGCCACUCUGGGGCAUCUCGUCGACAACACACAGUCCGCGUCGCAUCUGUCGAUAUCACGGAUGUCGCCACGCCGACAGCUAGCACACCGUCUGGCUUCCAGAGCCCCGUUGUGGCGACUGAUACUCACACGGAUUCUCCAGGAUUGUGCGACAACACCACUAAUGGAAGGACUUUCAGGCCGAGAACUACAGACUUAUCACCAUCAGGCGACGAAAGAGAGCCGAAAAGACGCGCUACUGGCGGCCUGCGAGUGGGAAGAUCUGAUUCCACCGGCGCCGAUGCAUCCGAAAGUCAAGGUGCUGUGGCACGAAGGCUCGAUAGUGAUGCCAGAGUAUUUCCUCAGCGGAAGAAACGACUCCCAGAAAAUCCGAUUCUACAGCCCUCGAGCCUGGACAAAUUCAUUUUUGGCGUCUGGGAAUCCCUAUACUCUGCCGUGAAGCUUGACCCAGAAGAAAUUGUCGAGCAGUUCCACGCCAUCGAGCCUGGCCAGCCGCGUAUGCUGCUUCGCAACGAUGAAGAAAGCGAGUUGGCUACCCGAAACGACACUGUCGUGCAGAGCAUGUUUGGCCGAAUGAAUGUCCUUGCACGCAAGAUUAGCCAAACCAGCAGGACGUGUCGAUCUCUAGAGGUGAUCGUGCAGGCUCAGUGGGUACAGGCCUUCGACGACCGCGUUGCCGAGCUCGCUACCACCAUGACAAAGGAGAAGGCGAAGAAGACUGCCAUUUCAGAGGCAUGUAUAGACUUUGGCUGGACCGAGAAGGAAUUACGAAACAAGGUUGCUAUUUGGCGCGGCUACCAUGACAUUAAAAAUGCUGGUGGCUGGGCUGCGCUGGUAUUCGCGGGCAUGGGCUUAUACCGGUUUUGCAAGUACAGGGUGUCAUUCACAGAAGACACCUUCCAGACAUUACGAUCACUGCGGCAUCGUUUUGAAGUGUCAGCGGACUGUCUCCAUCCACGCUGGCGCAGCUUACUGGCAAUUGUUGGCGCUCCAGUCGAGCGCAGAUACGAAGGUCAUCCUCACGGCUGGGUGGUCUGCGGUCCCGGGGACGAAGCAAUUCCACUGCCAAUCACAUAUCGCCAGUGGGAUCCGAACUUCACGUACACGCACCUGGACGAAUCUGUGAUUGACGAGGAUGCAUGGGGACUGUACGAUCCACGUACCGUCUCGCCCCUGACUGAACCAUCGGCCUACCAAUGCCAAAUAUGCAACGAAAGACAGUCCGACGACCCAAGAGACAACAACUGCACAUGUUUUCCGAACCUUUAUGGUAGCGCUAAGGCAAAACACAUGCCUGUGCAGGUGUACCGAACGCCGAAUGGCAAAAACAACGGCCUAUUAGCAUGUUGUCCAUUCGAGCGAGGCGCCGCGAUUGGCGAAUUCGUUGGCCAGAUUACAUCCGGAGUUGCAGGCAAGGAUGUAAUGAUAGGACAGACUGAUCGGGCCACGUAUCAGAUCUGGCAAGGAGAGCAAGGGAACUAUACUCGCUUCGUCAAUCACAGUUGCGCUCCGAAUAGCCAGUUUGAACGCUUCGUCUGGCUGGGAACUCAGAGGAUUGUUCUCGUCAGCAAAGGGGUUGAUGCUGGCGCUGAGAUCACUGUCGAUUACUCAGACACAUAUUGGAAAGACCUCAACAAGCGAUGUCUUUGCGAAAGUAUGAAUUGCCGCUAUCGAGCGCGUACUGCACAAGUGACUAACGCAUGA